ACUUAACUCCGAAAUAAAUCCGAUAGAUGCGCUGGUAAACAAGUAAUCGUGGUAGACCCAACACCAACGUUUGACACGUAGUAUGUAAAAGACCUCGUCCAUUGACAGCAGUCAAACUGCAGACUUACGAUAAAAAAUAUGGAAGAGCAAUUGUUGGAACCUUCACUGUACACUGUUAAGGGUAUGGUCAUACUAGACAAUGAUGGCAACAGAAUAUUGGCCAAGUAUUACGACAAAAGUAUAUUUCCUACAUCCAAGGAGCAGAAUGCAUUUGAAAAAAAUUUGUUCAACAAAACUCACAGAGCUGACGCCGAAAUUAUCAUGCUCGAUGGUUUAACCUGUGUUUACAAAAGUAAUGUGGAUCUCUUCUUUUAUGUCAUGGGCAGCUCAAGAGAAAAUGAGUUGAUUCUCAUGAGUGUGCUAAACUGCUUGUACGAUUCUAUAAGUCAAAUCCUGAGGAAAAACGUUGAGAAAAGAGCUGUAUUGGAUACUCUGGAUAUUGUGAUGCUAGCAAUGGAUGAAAUUUGCGAUGGAGGCAUCAUUUUGCACGCAGAUGCGAGCAGUGUGGCAACACGAGUUGCUCUAAGACCUGAAGACAUUCCUCUUGGCGAGCAAACCGUUGCCCAGGUAUUACUGUCAGCAAAGGAGCAGUUGAAGUGGUCGUUGUUAAAGUAAUGUAAAUAUUUUAAGAAAAAUGUCAUAAUUCCUUUGCUAUAUAAAAUAACUGGCAUUAUAUUUGUAUAAAUUAGGCAGUGAAUUAAACUCAAAUUUUCACACCUC